UUAGAGGUGGGGAUAUGGGAGGUUCUUCGGAUUAGUUGAAGUGGGGGAUCACGAAUAGAAUUAUACAGUCAGUUUGUGCAUAUGUUUAUCAAAGUCAAUGAUACUUGUCUAUCCGCGAUGAUGACAUUCAUCGGAUCAUGAUGGGAGAUCACAUCAUCUUCGCUAUCGAUGCAGAAUCUACACGUGGAAUUAUUCCUAGUCAACUAUAGGACGUCCCUGUGGUGUGAGUGAGACACUUGGAAGAGGUUAGAGGUUAUGGUCGUCGAGGCUCCGGGGUAAUUACAAAUUAAAUAAAUACUGUAAAGACGGAAAUAAAAAUCGAGAUGUCAACCCCGAAGAAAGGAAAUCCCUGGGUGACAUGUGGCAAAUGCACCGCCAUAAUUUCUCAGAAAGACACAGCUCUACACGAAAGCAAUUGUCCUCCCUUGGAUUCAUCCUGUGCCCAUAAUUACAUUCUUAAUGCAACCUUACACAGUAAUGUGGAAUCUUAUAGUAUGCAAGAACCUCCAAAAAAUAUAUCCGAGCGAGACACCCACGACAUGGUAUUCAUGUCUCAAUCAGCUCUUCAAUUAUGUGACAUUGCGAUUGGGGAUAGAGUCAUCUUGACAUCAAAUGUUGGGGCAAUAAUUAGAAAAGCCUGGCCAAUAAACGACAAAUCACUAACGACCGUAUCCCUCACCAAAAAUACGAUAGAAACUUCAGGGAUCAAAGGACGAGUGAAAGUUAGAAAGUUCAAUUGUAAUCUUCCCUCGGCCAAGGAGAUAACCAUUCAGUUAAUCGGAAAAAUAUCAAAGCUUAAAGCAACAACAGAUGUACAAGUCCUAUUAAAAAACUAUAAUGAAAAGAAACCUCUCUGCGUUGGGACUAAAAUAGGUCUUCCCUAUUACGGGAGAGUUCUGACAUUUAAGGUAAAUAAAAUAGUUGGAGAUAAGGAAACGAUGGAAAGCAUCGAGGACAGAUUUGAUCAAAUGAGUAUUACUGAAAUAGCCCCAAAAUUCUUCGAACCUUUGUACAACACGAAAUGGACCAUAACUGGAAAUGAAACUUCAAAAGUAAAUAGAAAAAUGGGAACAGAAAUAACUCUGGACAGUAUUGGAGGGUACGAGGAACUUAUCGAAGAUUUGAAAGACCUCCUGGAUAUCCUCUUUAAAAAAUCUAAGACCGUACAAGGUUUAAAGCUCAGCAAAGGAAUUCUUUUGUACGGGACUGAAGGUGUUGGAAAAACUGCAAUCACCUCCGCUCUAUUAUCACACUACGAUAUCAACGUUUUCCCCAUAAUCUCCAGCGACAUUAUGGGCCAAUCUGCUGGUAAAAUCGAAGCGUACAUAACUGAAAUAUUUUCGGAAGCGAAAGCACAGACUCCAAGUGUGAUCUUAAUUGAAGAUCUGGAUGUUCUAUGUCCGAAGAAACUGGGGAGUUCAUCGGAAACUGAAAAACGUCUCACAGCGACUUUCAUCAAGGAGUUUAGUAAUUUACAGAAAAGUGAUCUGCCGACCUUGGUCUGGAGCACGACUUCGAAACCCGAUUUUAUUAAUCCCUCAUUGAGACGACCAGGUCAUAUCGACCGGGAGUUUGAAAUGCCUGCACCAACUCCUCAAAUGCGCAAGGAGAUAAUUCAUAAAUUAUUGCGGAAAUUUUCGCAUUCGCUGAUUCAAAAAGAUAUUGAUCAAAUUGCGUUUGUCACUCAUGGAUUCGUUGGGGCUGACUUGAAUUCCUUGUGCUGUAGAGCAGCUAUGAGUGCUACGAAGCGUCAUGGGAGCUUGUCUUACCCAGAGGAAGAGAUUACGAUGACUGUAGAAGACUUUAAUUAUGCUUUAACUCAAGUAAACCCCUCAGCAAUGAAAGAAGUACUGGUAGAAAUUCCGAACGUUUCGUGGUCUGACAUUGGAGGACAAAAAGACUUGAAGUUGAAGCUUCAGCAAGCAGUGGAAUGGCCCCUGAGGCAUCCAGAGGCUUUCUCAAGACUGGGAAUAACACCUCCGAGGGGCUUGUUAAUGUUUGGCCCCCCUGGAUGCUCGAAGACAAUGGUUGCCAGGGCUCUUGCCACAGAGAGUAAAUUGAACUUUAUUAAUAUCAAGGGGCCUGAGUUGUUUUCAAAGUGGGUAGGAGAAUCCGAGAGGGCUGUGAGAGAGGUUUUUAGGAAAGCACGACAAGUUGCUCCUUCUAUAAUUUUUAUUGAUGAAAUCGACGCACUGGGAGGGGAGAGGAGCAGCGGGGCUGGGAGCGCUGGGAAUCAGGUGCAGGAGCGAGUACUGGCACAAUUGUUGACUGAGCUCGAUGGUGUCACUGCUCUAGGAAACGUCACACUUGUUGCUGCUACCAAUCGACCUGACAGAAUUGAUAAAGCACUUCUUCGACCCGGACGUCUUGACAGAAUAGUGUACGUGCCCUUGCCAGAUUACGAAACUCGGUUAGAAAUAUUCAAAAUUAAAUGUCGCAGAAUGCCGAUUGAUGCGGACGUAAAUAUCUCAGAUUUGGUUGAUCUAACUGAUGGUUAUUCCGGUGCUGAAGUUCAGGCAAUUUGCCAUGAAGCUGCUCUUAAAGCUCUAGAGGAAAAUUUGAAUGCUUCCUCAGUAUCAAAAGAACAUUUCAAGGCAGCAUUAUCCAGCGUGAAACCUAGAACCCCUCGAGCACUCGUGGAAAUGUACGAGGAAUAUGUCAACAAGAUUGAAAAAUAGUAAAAAAAAAAUUAUAACGUGAUUUUUUGUUUAUUUCCCAGGGAGAUUAUAUUACACUGAAUUAUUCAACAUGUACACGAGAAAAAAAAAUACUCCUCGAGCCCAUAAUACUUUUAUUUGUUUCUUCACUAAAUUCUAAAUUUCCAUAGCAUUUUACUUGAGUUUAUCCGCUAAAUUUACUUUUAAACCUUUGAAGAUUUUUCUCAUAUUGUAAUAUCGUUAAUCACGUGUAAAAAAGGAACUCAUCGAGUUCCCAGAACGCCAAUGACAUAUUUUUAUAAUAUAUUAAGUCCAUAUUAAUCUGAAGUGACAAAUAGGAAUUCUAACAUUAUCAAUCACAUGAAUUUACUCUUGUUCCAUGAACGACUUAAAUUGAAAUCAAGAAUUUGUAAGAAAAAAUGAAUACGAUGGAAUCAAUCUAUGAAUAUACAAUCAUAUGUAUAUAUAUGUACAGGAAAAUUCAUUUUGUAAACUAAACACACAAUGAUAAUCAUUAACAUCAAAUAUUUACAAACGUGAUAAAAAAAAUAAAAUAUUUUAUAAGGAAGAAAAAAUGCAAUUUUGUUGUGAAAAUCUUUUUUGGUCAUUAGAACACCAUAUUUUCCAUUAAAAUAUCCGUUUCUAGUCGUCCUUGACUUCCUUUAAUUGCCCCAAAAGAAGCAAAAAAAAACGCGGACAGGAUUUCAGGCACUCAUUUUUAGACACAAACUGCCAGUAAACACACGUUGAUCACACGGAAAGUAAUAAAUUAACUUGGAUCAUAGAUCAUCAACAAAUAAAAAUAAGAAAGUAGAGCGAUUGCAGUAUUCACAUUUUUAAUUAAGUAAGACGAGAUGACUAAAAUUCACUGCCAAUGAGCUCGAUUGAAUGAGUUUAAAAAUUCAUAAUGUCCUGAUGUAAUGUAAAAAAAAUCACAUAUCUCGUUCUCGUUACUUUACUGAAAUAAUAUUGAUUUCUCCCAAAAAUAUCUCAAGUUGAAUAACAGGUUUUCCAUUACAAAGAAACCUACAAUAGUCUCCCAUUCUGUUUUUGAGCUCAGAGAACUGAAUUAUAUGGAUAAUUAUCC